CGCAACCUACCCCUCACCGUUCACCGUGUGUCACUUAAGCGUCCGGAAUCUCAGAGAAGAAGGAGAAGAGCAAGCAAGAUUGUGGGACGUAGAGUAUAAGUGAAAAGAGUGAGAGAGAGAGAGAGAUUUGUUUUUUCUUCCCUGAAGGAGAUUCUGACUUUGUGCUCUGAAAUUACAUGAAAUCCGGUGCGCUUUGUGAAACUAAGACUCGUUCCCGUCUAAGCACUUUAAUGAGCGUAUAAGCCCCCAGGAGGAAUAGUCGAAGCUCUCAGUAAACCAAAGUCAGCCCCCCCGUGGGAAACAAAGCUCUCCGGCUGCUCGCAGUCACAGACAUGCAGCCGUUCACCUUUGUCGGUGCUCUUUUUCUCCUGCUCCACGUCUCCUCUGGGAUCACAGAAGCUCAUAGAAGGCACUACCGACAAGUCCUUACUGGAAACCAAGCAGGUGUGUGUCGCUAUGGCAGGAGGCUGGAGUGCUGCUACGGCUGGAAGAAAAACAACAAAGGACAGUGUGAGGCUCAGUGUGAGCACGACUGCAAGCACGGAGAGUGUGUUGGCCCCAACAAAUGCAAGUGUUUCCCAGGAUACACCGGAAAGACGUGCAGUCAAGAUCUGAAUGAGUGCGGCCUGAAGCCUCGUCCCUGUGAGCACCGCUGCAUGAACAGCUAUGGAAGCUACAAGUGUUACUGUCUCAACGGCUACACCUUAAUGCCUGAUGGAUCUUGCGCCAAUUCCAGGACAUGCUCUCUUGCUCACUGUCAGUACGGCUGCGAGGAAGUUCAGGGGGAGAUUCGCUGCCUCUGCCCAUCGGCGGGGUUGCAACUUGCGCAGGAUGAGAGGACGUGUGUAGAUAUUAAUGAAUGUGUAACUGGGAAGAACCUCUGCCCGUACAACAGACAAUGUGUGAACACCUUCGGCAGCUACUACUGCAAGUGCCAGGAGGGCUACGAUCUGAAAUAUGUCGACGGCAAAUAUGACUGUGUAGACCAUGAUGAGUGUGCAACUGGCACCAACAAGUGCAGCCACCACGCUGACUGUCUGAACACUCGAGGAUCCUACAAGUGCAGGUGCAAGUCUGGCUUCAGAGGCAAUGGCUUUGAAUGCUCUGUCAAGCCGUUUUAUCAGAGGUCAUGGGAUGGAGACAAAGGCAGUGCAGAUGAUUUCCUCAAUGCCAUCCCAGACUCCCCAGUGAGGCCCGUGAUUCUGGGAGGCAAGCUGGACAAUGAGGAGAUCAAAAAUGUUAUUCCCGAACCAGUCGCGACACCGCCCCCUAGGCUCCACCAGCAGCCUUUUGACUAUGAUGGAGAGGUCUACAUUGGCACCCAGACUGACCAGAGACCGGAGGAUGAAUUUCCAGAGGAAGAAGAGGAGGAGGAGGAGGAAGAGGAAGACAACGGGCUCAAUCCAAGGGGAGAUGUUUUCAUAUCAGAGGACUUUGAGUCAGUGUUUGGCCCAUCCACAGAAGUCAAAGAAAUCCAAAUAAAACCAGUUCAGGAAGAGUUCAUUAUGGAUUGCAACUUUGAUCAGGGAGCAUGUGAGUGGGUCCAAGACAGGGCUGAUGACAUGGACUGGAGUGUAGCCUACCACGAUGACGGUGCUGAGUACUACAUGACCAUGAGUGGGCUCAUAGGGGAUCAGGACAACGUAGCAAAGUUGAAGUUGCUCCUCAGUGACCGGGCUCAGCAGGGCAGCUUCUGCCUGACCUUUGACUACCGUGUGGUGGGCCGUGAUGUGGGAACUCUGAGGGUGCUGCUGGAUAACAACGCUUACCCAGUAUGGGAGCAGAGCCGGAGCAGGGACCAGGGCUGGCAGACGGAGCUCCUCACUGUGGCCUGGAAAGAGGAGGCCCCCGGAUCUAUUGUCUUUGAAGCUCAGCGUGGGAAAGGUGUUGGAGGAGAGAUUGGGCUAGACAAUGUUGUGCUGACCUCAGGGCCCUGUCAAGAGGAUGUCGGCCCUGCCUUUUAAGAAUCUCCGCCGCAGAUUUAGCCUUUGAAAAUCUGCUCUAACUGACACAUGUCAAAGAUUCCUGUUUCCUGUCCGUAUUAUGGUCCCUUCCCUGUGGCAGUGUUUUCUCAUGACUUAGCCACAGGACGUCCACAUAACCACACAGACAAACGGCCUCAAGGGAAGAUUAUGUACAAUCAGUGCAUGCAUGUUUACUUCAUCACCAUGCUGCUACAUCCUCUGUUGGGAUUUUUAGAUUCAGAUCUCAGGAAUACGUGGAAAUGCUAACUUUGUCUGUUAGUUAGGUUAAACAGUAUUGUGCUUAGUCCAUUGUUGUGUAUGUGAUCGUGCAGUGCAGAGGUUACCUGAAAAUAAUCUAUGACGUGUAAUGUGAAUUCUUAGGCGAAUUAUAUCUGAAAUUCAACGUUAGAUAGACAACUUUUUUUGAAGGCUGGUUAGUUUAA